GUCCCUGCGGCGCCGCAUCUCUUCUGGGACAGGUCGUGUGGAGGGGAUGCUGCCCUCCAGGAAGGCAGCGAGCCUGCCGGGGUGACAGCAGUUGCGUGCCUGAAACGUCUUUGUAACCGCUGCCGCACCGGCCCGGCGUCCCGGUCUGCGAGAGCAUCGGCCGCCCCAAAGUUCAGCUCGCUCUGCCCCCAGCCCAGCCUGCCCUAAGGCUGCCCCAGCUUGGAUCCCCAUGGGUGCAGGCGGCCCUGGGGACAGACAGGCUCAACCGGAGGCAGCUGCCAGCGUGGAGAAGGCAGAGCUAUGGCAUCGCUGCUGUGCAACGCCCGCAUCCAGCUCACGGGCACGCUGGAGCAGAUGCAGCAGGGGACUCUGAUGCGCAAAGUCAAGUCCAAGAGCUGGAAGAAGCAGCGUUACUUCAAGCUGCAGGAGGACUGCAUGACCAUCUGGUACCAGUCCAAGAGGACAGGCAAAACUGAGUCUGCCUUCUCCAUCAGCGAUGUGGAGACGGUGCGGGAAGGGCACCAGUCAGAGGUGCUGCAGAGCGUGGCUGAGGAGUUCCCCCCUGAGCGCUGCUUCACCAUUGUCUUCUACGGCCGUCGUGGCAACCUGGACCUCGUUGCUGGCUCGGCAGAGGAGGCACAGUGCUGGAUACAGGGCCUGCGUCAGCUCAUCGAGGUGGCCACCACCAUGGACCAAAGGGAGAAGAUAGACCAAUGGAUUCGUGACUGGUUCCAGAAAGCUGACAAGAAUAAGGAUGGGCGCAUGAACUUCAAGGAGGUGCAGCGUCUCCUGAAGAUGAUGAACGUGGACAUGAACGAGGAUCAUGCCCUGCGGCUCUUCCAGGAUGCUGACAAGUCGGAGUCGGGGACUCUGGAAGGGGAGGAAUUUGUACUCUUCUACAAGGCUCUCACGCAGCGUGAGGAGGUGCUGAGCCUCUUCCAGAAAUACUCUGAGGAUGGAAAGAAGCUGACACUGCUGGAGCUGGCGGAUUUCCUGCGGGAGGAGCAGCUGGAGGAUGAGGGCACAGAGGAGCUGGCCAUGGAGCUCAUUGACAAAUAUGAACCAUCGGAGACGGCCCGGGCCCGCCAUGUGCUGAGUGCUGAUGGGUUCCUCAUGUACCUCUGCUCCCUGGAGGGCUCCAUCUUCAACCCCCGGCACCGGGGGCUGUGGCAGGACAUGAGCCAGCCACUCUGCCACUACUUCAUCUCCUCCUCCCACAACACCUACCUGAUAGAGGAUCAGAUCCGGGGCCAGAGCAGCAUCGAGGGCUACAUCAGGGCUCUGAAACGAGGCUGCCGGUGCCUGGAGGUGGAUUGCUGGGACGGGCCAAAUGGGGAGCCCAUGGUGUACCACGGCCACACCUUCACCUCCAAGAUCCCCUUCCGGGAGGUGGUGAACACCCUGGGGAAGUACGCCUUCAAGACCUCGGACUACCCGGUGAUCCUGUCCCUAGAGAACCACUGCAGCAUGGAGCAGCAGGAGGUGCUGGCCCAGCAGCUCAAGGACAUCCUGGGGGAACAGCUCCUCACCACUCCCAUCGAUGGGCAUGUCCCCACCCAGCUCCCAUCCCCAGAGGAGCUGAAGCACAAGAUCUUGCUGAAGGGCAAGAAGAUUGGGCGGCUGGAGGACACGCUGGAUGGGCCAGGGGAUGAGGCACCUGAUGUGUCUGAUGAUGACAAUGGGGCAGAGGCAGAGGAGGAGAGGAGGAGAGCAAAGAAGGACAAGGAGACCUUGGCACAAGCAUUGUCCGAUUGUGUCAUCUACUGCAAGAAUGUGCCCUUCCGGGGCUUCCAGGAGGCACGCAGCCAUUCCCGGCCCUCGGAGAUCUCCUCCCUCUCUGAGGCCAAGGCCAGGAAGCUCAUCCGGGAUGAAGGAAAUGAGUUUGUUCGCCACAAUGCCUGGCAGCUGACACGCAUCUACCCCAGCGGCAUGAGGACUGACUCGUCCAACUACAAUCCCCAGGAGAUGUGGAACGUGGGCUGCCAGAUCGUGGCCUUGAACUUCCAGACAGCUGGCACGGAGAUGGACCUGUGUGACGGGCUCUUCAGCCAGAAUGGCUGCUGUGGCUACGUGCUCAAACCACCCUUCAUGAGGGAUGAGGAGACUCUCUUCAACCCCAGUGACCCCAGCAGCCGGCAAGGCCCCGGCCCCAUCACCCUGACAAUCCAGGUAAUCAGCGGGCAGCAGCUGCCCAAAGUGGCCAACAGCAAGGAGGGAGCCAUCAUUGACCCCCUGGUGCGUGUGGAGAUCUACGGGGUCCCUGCAGACCAGGCACACCAGGAGACCAAGUACAUUGAGAACAAUGGUGAGACCCACAGCAGUACCACGGCCCUGCUGUGCCCAGGCACACUCCCUGCUGUCCUUCACUCUCUCAGCACCUGCUCUCUCUUCCCAGGGUUUAACCCCCACUGGGAUGAGACACUGCAGUUUCAGAUCCACGUGCCUGAGCUGGCCCUCAUUCGCUUUGUGGUGGAGGAUUAUGACAAGACUUCCAGGAAUGAUUUUGUGGGUCAGUUCACCCUACCAUUUGCCAACAUCAAACCUGGAUAUCGGCACAUCCAUCUCCUCUCAAAGGAUGGCACCAGAAUCCCACCCUCUUCGCUCUUUGUCCACAUCCGCAUCACUGAGCCACCUGGCCCUGAGCAGGACUGAGCUCGUGGGGUGAGCAGCACCCAGAUGAAAGCCAUACAGCCAGCUCCAAGUAGCUGGGGCCACAGAGCCAAACACCUUGCCCUCUUUUUAAGCUGUUUCUGUCAUUCCUGUGUCAUUGUUGCUGCUGUGAUUCCCUUUGCAGUAGCCUCCGAGGGCUGGGAAAAAGCACUGACCUCCCCUUUCCAGGUUCAGGAUGCUGCUGCUCAUGCAUGAGUGUGGGGUCUAUGCCAGUGGAGCUCCCUGUACCUGCCACAGGCACCCUGCCCGGGCCCACAGUCAGAGCUUUACUGUGGGGAGGAGGAGAGAUGGUGUGUGGCCCAGCUCUGCUGCAGGGGCUGGUCCCCUCCCAGUCAGGGGAGCAAGGCUGGAGCUGAGCAAACCCCAGGGCUGGGCACAGCUGGGAGUGGAGUUGGUCCUCACUGCGCCCUAACCCUGCAGAGCCCAAUCACAUCCCUUGGCCCCUACAGCCCCAAAUUAACCCUUAUCCCAUCCUUUCUCUGUUAGCAACUUAAUAAAUUGUUCAGUGACA